AUGCCUCCCCGUCUAUCUCUCUGUCUCUCUUCCUCGAACUCCCAUGAUUAUCUAUUGCUAUCUCUCUACUCUCUCUCUCUCUCUACUCUCUCUCUCUCUCACUCUCUCACUCUGGCCUCCACAUCUAUCUAUGACUGUAUCUCUCUUCCUCUGACUCCCACUUCCACGACUAUCUAUUGUUCUCUCUCUCUCAUUCUGGCAUCAAUGUCUAUAUAUAGCUCUUUUCCUUUUUUGCUUCCACAAUUAUCUAUCGCUGUCUCUCUGCCUCUCUCCUUUGCGUAUGUCUCUCUCUCGCUUACUCCUGUCCUUACGUCUAUCUAUUGUUGUGCUUCUCUUCCCCUCACUCCCGUUUCCAGCACUAUCUAUCGCUGUCUUUCUCCCCCCCUCUCUCUCUCUCUCUCCUCCACGUCUGUCGCUUUGCCUCUCUCUCUUCCUCACUAUGGCCUCCACAUCUAUCUAUCUAUGCUUUUCUCACCCUCUUUCCUCCGCGUCUAUCGCCCUGUCUUUCUCUCCCUCUUUCCUCCGCGUCUAUCGCCAUGUCUUUCACUCUCUCUUUCCUCCGCGUCUAUCGCCCUGUCUUUCUCUCCCUCUUUCCUCCGCGUCUAUCGCCAUGUCUUUCACUCUCUCUUUCCUCCGCGUCUAUCGCCCUGUCUAUCGCCCUCUUUCUCUCUCUCUUUCCUCCGCGUCUAUCGCCAUGUCUUUCUCUCUCUCUUUCCUCCGCGUCUAUCGCCCUGUCUUUCUCUCUCUCUUUCCUCCGCGUCUAUCGCCCUGUCUUUCUCUCUCUCUUUCCUCCGCGUCUGUCGCUCUUGGCUCUUGGCAUUUAGCUCCACGUCUAUCGAUUGCUCUGUCUCUAUUUCUCUUUACCGUUCACCCUCAUCUCCACAUCUUUCUUUCGUCCUCCACCACUUUUCCAUACCUUUUGUAGAGGUCGAACUCUAUGGAUUUUCGAAUGACUUGCUUUACGUGAAGCGCCUUGUGUAA